CGCUCGGUUUGGCGGCGAAGGUUGCAAAGAUGCCUUGGAGACGAUAGCUUGCUAGCAUAGCUCGAACUACAUUUUGACACCAAUUAAUGGUGUUUUUUUUUUAAAUAACAUUUGGCUUGAAUGCGGCUCGCCACUUAAACAUCCCCCUGUUCAGCUGGCAUGGCAGUGAAAAAGGAAAUGGUCCAUGAAGCUUGUUGGCUACAAAGAGAGUGGCUUCUCCCCUGGAGACAUCAUCAGGGCCUGGAGCACAGAUAACACCUCCAAACCGGCCAGCGUUUUAUUAUCUCGGUGGACGCGGCGCUCCUUGAGCUGUCCUACCAACCAAGUUGCUGCAUUGGAGAUGCUGUUAGAUGAGCCAUGAUCCCCAUCACUGAGCUGCGGUACUUUGUGGACACACAGCCCGCGUACCGCAUCCUGAAACCAUGGUGGGACGUGUUCACCGACUACAUCUCCAUCGUCAUGCUCAUGAUUUCAGUGUUCGGUGGCACGCUCCAGAUCACCCAGGACAAGAUGAUCUGCCUUCCCUGCAAAUGGAUCGUCAACGAGACCUGCAAGAGGAACUUCAGCUCCAACCUGUCCACCUUCUUACUGGAGCCGAAAGGCAUCCGCUAUGAUCUGGACCGCCACCAGUACAAUUACGUCGACGCCGUGUGCUACGAAAAUAGGUUGCACUGGUUCGCCAAGUACUUCCCCUACCUAGUAUUACUCCACACGCUUAUUUUUCUAGCUUGCAGCAACUUUUGGUUUAAAUUUCCCCGGACCAGCUCCAAACUGGAACACUUUGUGUCCAUCUUGCUCAAGUGCUUCGACUCCCCAUGGACAACCAGGGCCCUGUCGGAGACGGUGGUCGAAGAAAGCGACCCCAAGCCCAUGAAGAUGAACGGAUCGUUUGACCACAAGGAGUCGGUGAUAAGCGAGGACGUCGAAGCGAGCGUGCCGAUGAUCCAGAGAACAAAGACGCGCUUUGAGCAAGGCAUCGUCGACAGAACGGAAACGGGGGUGCUGGACAAGAAAGAAGGAGAGCAGGCGAAGGCCCUGUUCGAAAAGGUGAAGAAGUUCCGCAUCCACGUGGAAGAAGGCGACGUGGUAUACAGACUGUACAUCCGUCAGACGAUCAUCAAAGUGAUCAAGUUUAUCUUAAUAAUCUGCUACACGGGGUAUUACGUGCAUGACAUCAAAUUCAGUGUGGACUGCUCGGUGAAUAUAGAGAGCCUGACUGGCUACAAGGUGUACCACUGCGCUCAUCCGCUGGCCACGCUUUUUAAAAUCUUGGCGUGUUUCUACAUUUGCCUGGUGGUGGUGUACGGCCUGAUCUGCAUGUACACGCUCUGCUGGAUGCUGCGGCGCUCCCUGAAGAAGUACUCCUUCGAGUCGAUCCGGGAGGAGAGCAGCUACAGCGACAUACCCGACGUGAAGAACGACUUCGCCUUCAUGCUGCACAUGAUCGACCAGUACGACCCCCUGUACUCCAAGCGCUUCGCCGUUUUUCUCUCGGAGGUCAGCGAGAACAAGCUGCGGCAGCUCAACCUCAACAACGAGUGGACGCUGGACAAGCUCCGGCAGCGGAUAACCAAGAACUCCCAGGAGAAGCUGGAGCUGCACCUGUUCAUGCUGAGCGGCAUUCCGGACACCGUGUUCGACCUGAUGGAGCUGGAGGUCCUCAAGCUGGAGCUCAUCCCCGACGUGACCAUCCCGCCGAUCAUCGCCCAGCUGGUCAACCUCCGGGAGAUGUGGCUCUAUCACACGCCGGCGAAGAUCGAAGCGCCCGCCUUGGCUUUCCUGCGCGAGAACCUGAAGUCGCUGCACAUAAAGUUCACCGACAUCAAAGAAAUCCCUCUGUGGAUUUACAGUUUGAAGAACCUCAGCGAGCUUCACCUCACGGGCAAUCUGAGCGCCGAGAACAACCGCUACAUCGUCAUCGACGGGCUCCGCGAGCUCCGGCGGCUCAAGGUGCUCCGUCUGAAGAGCAACCUCACCAAGCUACCUCAAGUCGUGACCGACGUGGGCUUGCACCUGCAGAAGCUCUCCAUCAACAACGAAGGCACCAAGCUGAUGGUGCUGAACAGCCUGAAGAAGAUGGUGAACCUCACGGAGCUGGAGCUCAUCCGCUGCGAUCUGGAGCGCAUACCCCACUCCAUCUUCAGCCUGCACAACCUGCAGGAGAUCGACCUGAAGGACAACAACCUGAAGACCAUCGAGGAGAUCAUCAGCUUCCAGCACCUUCACCGGCUGGUGUGCUUAAAGCUCUGGUACAACCAGAUCGCCUACAUUCCCAUUCAGAUCGGCACGCUGACCAACCUGGAGAAGCUGCACCUGAACAGGAACAAGAUUGAGAAGAUCCCCAGCCAGCUGUUCUACUGCCGCAAGCUGCGGGUCUUGGACCUGAGCCACAACAACUUGACACACAUCCCCACGGACAUCGGUUACCUCCAGAAUCUGCAGUACAUGGCAGUGACGGCCAACAGGAUCGAGACUCUGCCUAACGAGCUGUUCCAGUGCAAAAAGCUUCGCACUUUGAACCUGGGGAACAACUGCCUCCAGUCUCUGCCGUCACGGUUCGGGGAGCUGACCGCACUGACUCAGCUCGAGCUCAGAGGAAACCGUCUGGAGUGUUUGCCCGUGGAGCUGGGGGAGUGCAGACAGCUGAAGAGGAGCGGCCUUGUGGUGGAAGAGGACCUCUUCAACACCCUGCCCACCGAGGCUAAGGAACAGUUGUGGAAAGCAGACAAAGAGCAAGCAUGAAGACGUUAUUGAGGAAGCCGAACAAUGCCGCGCGCUUUCGGUCAGGAUACAGAACUGAAAGCCCAUGGUGUCCCAGAGGCACGGAAAAACAGGAUGCGCUCCUGCUUCAGUCGACUUCCACUAAAGUUAGGUAUUAAUAACCAGUGCCAGCUAAGCAGUGUAAAGGCUGAUUCUUUUUUUUUUAUAUAUAUGUUUCUCUUAAAAAAGAAUAACUUCUAAGGCCAGUGCCAUUAUGAUCGGGAUACUUUGUUUACAACAUAAUGCUGUGGUAUUUAUGGUUUAGAGGAAAAAAAAUAUAAAAGAAAACUACCGGCCAACUGAACAUACGUGGACUCUUGAUUCCAAAAUAGUCCCAGAUUUAUACUUCAUUAAAUUAAAAUGUUUACUCUUGGGGGUUUUAUAUGAACAACCAGAUUUAUAUUGCCAACAAUACAAAGUGAUCACCUUUCUGUAAGGCAUAGCGGCUUAUCUGUUGUCCAGCACUCAUAGGCACCUAAUUAUAACGUAGAUCAGAGGGUUUCUGCUCUACAGUGUGGACCAGGGUUCUCAGAUACCUUCUGCCGGACCGGGUCGAUUGGUAAAAUAUGAAGAGAAUGACAUCAGAGGGAACUACUGAUUGUCUGUGCAAGUGAUGUGGAGAUACGGGUUGUCUUUGGGCGGGUGUGUGGUGGCAUUACCGCAGCAAAAAUUACAAUCUGUGAUCAGACUUAGAGGGCAGGUUGGCAGAGAAGAUGGAUUGGUGACCUCAUUCUGAAGAUAGAUGUGUUCUCAUCCUCGAGAAAAAGUGCUUUUUUCCAAUAAAUGCUACUUAGUGGAUGAGCAUCAGUGAAGGUUUUGAUAAUAUAACCAACACUCAGGGCUAGGAUUUUUUUUUUUUUAUUGUUGGAACUGAUCAUAAUCCGUUUAUAGCCAGUUCUGCAUUUGAAUUUAUGAUCUUAAUCAUUUUUAAGGAAUUGGGGGGAAAAAAUAUUCUAAAAAAAAAAACCGGAUGUGGAUGUGUCAUAUCUGAAUCAUAGCAGCGUAUUUACAGACACAGGACUUAUCUGUUGAAGUUGGGUUCAGUGGAGAUAAUAUUUACAUUCAGUAUCUUACUGCAGAUGACAUUGAACAACCAGAUUUUGAUGAAGAAGUUUGAACUAUACAAUCUGUUGCUCAGAAAAGCACUAUAUAAGUUCAGUCCGUUUAUGAUUCACGAUCAAGCUAACAUCCAUCAGGGCAGGGUCAAGAAGCUAUUUAAAUCUUUGUUAGCAGUCUAUAAUAUUUUUUUAAUAAAUAACACUUUUGUGAAAGACUGCCAUGAACAUAAAAAGCUAUUGUUACUGACACUGAUGGCCAGUUUGCUUCAUGGCCCGUCGCCAGUUGCAUUUUCGUUUGUGUCCCAGGUGGAGAGUUGAGUGGAACACGAUUUCUGUGUAAAUAGUGUUUUAAUUUAAUAGUGUAGCAGUUUGAUUUGUAAAAUAGUUUAAACAUUAGAGGUCUAUAAGCUGACAUAUCCGCUUUCACCUUUGACUUUCCUUUGACUAGCCUUUAGCUAGACUGCAGUCCAAACUUGUGUGUUUGUCAUUGAGGAGGUUAUCUACUGCAGGUAAGAUGCUGGCGUCUUAUAAUCUAACCAGAGAACUAAAUUUAGUUUAUGAAAUCACUAAGUUGGUUUAUUUUCGCAGAUCAAAAGGCAAGCAACCAUUGAUCCGUGUUGGAAAACUGAGCGGUUACAGUUAAAUGCAUCAUGUUGUCAGUCAAAUAUGUUAAAAAUUCCUAAAAUUAUGUUCAUGUCCUUUCUGAUGUGUAUUUCCCUUGUUAAUGUGUUCUCCUCUGUCAAUCCUGAUGAGCUGUGUUAUGCACUAUGUAAAUGCAGUUUAGUGGAGAUUGGAACUUCCCUUUCUAAGUUAAAUGGGUAAAGAGAAAAUUGAGUUAUUAGACUCUCUAAAAUGAACUAAUAAGGCAACGUUUGCAUUUUUAAUUUUGAAAAUUUCUUAGUAGUUGAAAAGUGUUAAAUUAGAUCAAAUUACAUUAUCUCACAAAACUUGUUACAUUCCCUUUAAUGAAAAGAGGAUCAUAUUCCAAGCAGCUUAUAAAGAAAUGAUCUUUAAGAUUAGCUGCCUUAACAAUCAGGGUUUAUUUGGUGUUAUACAGUAUUUUUCAAAGGCUCACUAGUAGGCAUAACAUUUAAAAAAAAUUUAAAUACAUACACUUUAGUUUCCACACCUUGAUCUUGACUGACCUUGACUUUUUCAUAUUUCCAAGUAUCCGAACUGUUAAAUAGGUAGGACACGUUUUUCAGCCCGCUGACUGACAAUGUGCAGCAACAAAUGUCGAGAGGGGCAACGCUGCUGUGUGGUUGCAAAAUAACUGGGGUCGCUUUUGUAUAAUCUCCGGCAUCCCAUUAAAAGGACUUUAAACUGUAGUGUUGCAAAGCAAGUUCAACAUAAUUCAAGUAACUCAGUCAAGUACCUAGAAAAAUAUGUUGCUGCAGAAAUGUAGCGUUUAAAGCCCUAGUUAUUGCAGCCUACACUAUCCAUAUGCAAUGCUCUGAAAGGCAUGGGAGACCCUGACAUAGAUCUGAGUGACUAUUUACAACAAUGCCACAAUCACAGCAAAGUUAACAUGCUAACCUCAUGAUCCCAAAUACCUUUAUACAUGUGUUACACCUACAGAUCAGGUCUCUCAGAGAAAAGGGCAUUUAUUAUUAUGGCUUGUGUGGUGCCUGUCUCCAACAGUUAUUUGGAAAGAGGCGGGGUACACGUUUCUGAUCAUGACGCACUCCUGAAUCUGCUCUUCCAAUCAGAGAAGGUGGAGCACCAACAAGUGGCACUAAUCACAGUAGCAACACUACAGGAAGGCAGUCUUAGUGGUUAUGGAAUUGCCGCUCUUUAAAACCUUUCUAUACCUUGAGAUUAAACAGGCCCAUGUCUAAGUGAUGCACAGAGAACUUUCUAGAUUUUUGCCAUCCAUUAAUCCAGGUAAUAUUUUGCCCUUAUGUUUACCUCAUGACCUGUAAAACAGUUCAACAAGUUACCACAUCCAGUACCAGUAAUUCUUUUAUGCAGCUAAAGUAGACGUCUGAUGUUUUAAAGGCAGGUUUCAGAUAUUUGUUUUAGUCUUGACUGUGGAUCCUUGCCUUGCUACACUGUCAUAACAUUAUUAUUACAUAAGCUAAUGAGUAAAGGUCUAGAAAUACGGAGAUUUUUUUUACCCCGUAGGAUGCACAAAAUGCAUGUGGACAUUUAUUGUUUAUUGUUCACUUCAUAUAUAUAGCAUGUAUGUGUGUGUUGUUUGCUGUUUUAAAUGUUAAAGCUGAAAUGGAAGUGAUUUUACUUUUUGUGUGGUUUAUGUAAGGUCACUUUUCUGGAUUUUCUAAUAUUACAAAUAUGUUGUUGCUAUUUGGGAUUUCGUGAAGUGAUCCAAUGUAUAAUGAAGAUUGUUUUGUUUGUUUUUUCUGCCCAGAAGAAAAUAUGCUAUUUUACUAAGGAGGAAAUGUGCAAAAAACGAAGAAUUAGCCAUUUUCACUAUUUUAACUCAACAGAAAAGUAUAAGAAAUACAUUUAGCUGUUUGCAUCUGAUUUAGUGGCAAGUUUAAUUAUGAUAAAUAGUGCAAUAUUGUUUUCAUUUAAACUAAAUGUGGGUUUGUUUGACUGUUUCUUUUUUUAAUCUGCAUUUUUUUUAAGUAUUACUGAUUUUUUUUUUUACUACAGGGAUUAUAAGAAUUACAGGUGAAGAAAGUCAAGUUGUUGUUUUUUUUUUUUUU